AUGGAUAGGCCAAACGAGAAUACCCGAGCGUACAUCUUGGCCAGCCUGAACGAUGUCUUGGCCAAGAAGCGUGAGCCUAUGGUCACUACAUGUGAGAUCAUGAAGUCCCUGAGCAGAAUGUUCAGACAACCGUUCGCGCAACUCAAACAUGACACUCUGAAGUUCAUCUUUAACUCCAAAAUGAAGGAGGGAACCUUUGUUCAUGUUCUGCACAUGAUGGUCCACUUUAAUGUGGCGGAGAUGGAUGGGUCUCGAAUUGAUGUGGUUAGCCAGGUUAGCAUAAUUCUAGAGACGUUGCCAAAAAUCUUCCUCCAUUUUGUUAGCAAUGCUUUUCUAAACAGGGUUGACUACACCCUUACUGUUGGGGUUUGUACCCUAAAGUCUCGUGUCCAGUAG